ACUGGUCACUUGCCUAUCAAGCUUUACUUAAAGAUGCUGAGGUUGAUCCUUGGAGCCGAGGUUUAUACGAAGGAAGGUUGUAUUUAAGUUGGUAUAAAAAAUUAGGAUACAUUCCUACACAAAUCCCUUCCAGGAUGGGGUAUGCUUUUAGUCAGUGCAGCCGAACGCUAGAGUAUGCAGCGAACGACUAUGCAAUCAGUUUGGUAGCAAAGGGUAUGAACAAGAAAAUGGACUACGUGAAGUAUCGAAAUCGUUCCAGAAAUUGGGAAAAUCUGUGGUACCCUAAAGAAUUUCAGGGUUUUACUGGAUUCAUCCUACCCAGAUAUAUCGAUGGCAAAUUUAACACAGAAUGGGAUAUUAUGUACACAUACGGAGGAGAAACUCCGUUUUAUGAAGGCACCUCUUGGGAAUAUAGCUUUUAUGCUCCUCACGAUAUGAAAAAAUUAAUUGAGCUCUCGGGUGGCCCUAUAAAAUUUGAGGAGCGUCUUGACAAAACAUUUAACAACAGUGAUCCUUACAGACCGUAUAGUGACGAAUAUUUUAGUAUUGGAAACGAACCAGGUUUCUUGACCCCAUGUUUGUAUCACUAUAUUGGGAAACAGUGGAAAAGCGUCAAACUAAUCAGAGAUAUCAUGAAAACCAAGUUCGGAAGUGACAGAUCCGGAAUCCCUGGAAACGACGAUUCAGGAGCAAUGGGGUCUUGGUACGUCUUUCAUGCGAUAGGAAUCUUUCCAAGUGCCGGCCAAGAUGUCUACUUUAUAAACUCCCCUCAUUUCAAAAACGUUACAAUUAAACUCUCCGAUUCGUCUGAUUCAAUUUUAACAAUACUUGCAUAUAAUCUUUCCCCUACGAACAUUUAUGUUCAGUUAGCAAGGCUCAAUGGAAAAUUUUGGGAAAAAACGUGGUUUAGACAUUCUGAUAUUGGUAACGGUGGCAAAUUAGAAUUGUGGAUGAGUGAAAAUGUGAGCGAAACUUGGGGAGUUGGCAAACACUUAAUAUAUCCGCCAAGCCUGAGUGACGAGGUUGUUGAAACCGGACUUCCCUUUGUUUCUAGUAUCGAGCCCGACCUCGUGGUUGAUGAGGUUUUAAAGAAAAAUUAG